UGAGGCUGACGGUAGCAGUAGCCAUGGAAGAAUUUGGUGUCGAGUUUGCAGUAAGGUGGUGGGGAUGUUGAGUAGUAGUAGUAGUAGUAGUAGAGUUGUCCGGGUUGAGCAGGUUUCCAAAACCUGUCGAGGAGGUAGAGGAUUGCAUGUGACCGAGGUUUGAAAGUUGGGGGAAGGGGGAUGAUGGGGGGGCUUCGGAUAUAUGUAUGGAUCUGAACUCGGCGGGCGUGUGGGGGUCGAGAGAAGGCCCUCAGGGCUGUCUGUGCUGACGCGGGCGAGGAUAUGCCGGAGCGAGGCAGAGAAGGAAACGCGGUGCGCCAACACUUGCGGCUGGGCUGACCGAGUCGCGGAGACGUAUCAGGAAAGCGGGCCUGCAAAUUAUGAUGACUUGGGUCUGGGGCGGAUGCAGGGAAAAAAAAGACUCGCAAUCGUGUGUGUCGCAGCGAUGGCGCACUUUUUUUUGGCGAGCUGGUUACUUGCAGCGGAAUGUGAUGGCACACGGUGCCUGGCGGAACUUGCCUGGCUCGUGUUUUUUUGAUGAAUGGGACACUAUCUGUGGAGCUGCACAGGUUGCGUGCAUCGACGUAAUUGCACACUUGCAGAAAUUUGCAGCUGAAAAUCU